UACAAUAUACAUCACCACCCAAACACCUCUUUCCUGUUUUCUCAACCGAGCUACAAUGUUCCUCACCACUUUCAACCCUACCACUCACACACCUCUUUCCCGUUUUUCGAACCAAGCUACAAUAUCCCUCACCACCCGCUUGCCUCUUCCCCAUCUUUUCCCUCGAGCAACAACAACCUUCAUUUUUUCCAAUAUCACACCGACGGUCCAUCUACCUCCAUCCCUUCUUCUGAACUGAACAAUAACGAGGUCUUCACUGAUGAGAGUGAGGAGGAGGAGGAUGUUGACGAUGAUGGAGUUGCUGAUGACAAAGUUCGCUUCAGUGUCAAGGACGAGGAAGUUUAUCGGGUUUUGGAGAUCCUCACCAAAGAAACAAGUUGUCCUAGAAAAACAGCUAAAACAACAUGGAAAUGGGUCGGGCUACGCUAUAUGAUCGACGACGAUUUUAUCAUGGAGUUUAGCAAGUUGAAACCCAAAUUCAAGGAUGCCUAUGUGGAAUCGAUCAUAAGGUACAACAUUCUGAUUGUACCAUUUUGGGAUGUAGUCACAAAUAAGAUGAAAAGGCCCUUUAAAAGAGUCAAGUUGGUGAAGAGGAAACUACUACGACGUCAACCACUCGAAGUUGGAGGGUACUUCUUGGAUACGGAUUCCUCCAUAAGAAAUGGCUACAUAUACGUAGGACUAGUGUUGAGGAACCAUAUUGGAAGAGUGUUGUGGACUCACACGGUAAUCGAACACAACCCAACUAGGGAUAUGAUAAUCCAUCCACAAGUGGCAGAGCAAAAUGGGAUCUUCCUUGCAUGCAGGGCAUUGAAAGAAGAGAAGCCAAAUUUGGUUAAAAAUAUAAGUGAG